CCUUUUUCCAUCACCUCAAACCUAGUUUAUUGAAUUCCACUCGAUAUGAAAUGAAAUUAGCGAGCUAGAAUUAGUAAUCAGUCAACAACAUUCCUUCACUUUUACGUCAAAACGUGUUUGUUUGCGACCCUGCUUGUUGCUCCAACUCAAGUCAUUUAAUUUAAAACGAAUGGUUUCCACACAGUUUAGGAAAGUCUGAGAAAAUAGUGCGUGGGUUUUAGCUGAAGAAGACAAACUAAACGGUUUUGUAAACGUAAGUUGGCAAAGUGAAAUCUGAAAAAAUCGAUCGAAAGUCAGAAAUAAGCAUUUUUUUUGAUAGUGUAAUUCAACGCGUCAGCUCGUUUAAAUUUUAAAUCAGGAAGUGAGUCGCGCAAUGCGGAAGAUAAUAAACAGCGCGUGCUGCGCGCGAGCCAAGCCAGGCACCGAGGAGGGGGGUCCGUCAACGGCAGCUCACAGACGAGCCAAGCAAGUUUUUUUUCAGGUUAAAAAGUCCGAUACCGAAUACUUGAAAGGGGCGGCGAAGACCGUCAACGUCCAGCCGGCGAACAUUUGAACCCCCCCCCCCCCCCCCCGAAAGUGAAAUGACCAGAUUUCUAGGUUGAGCCGCCGACGCCUCAGCGUCUAACACAAUCAAUGCCCAAAGAGAGCAGGAGAAAGUCCUCCCAUGACUACGGACUCUCCCGAACCGGAGCAAACGAGGGAGGUCGCUCGGAGCGCAGGGCGCAGACUGUCAAGCAGGCGGCGCAUGGAUACGAUGAGCGCGCGCUCAAAGCCGCUCCGGCUCCUCUGGCUGUGAUGGACGCUUCGCGGGUGCCACAGGUCACCAUCACUCCCGAGGGAGGCGGCUCCUCCCGGGAGAUCCCACAGGAGGACUGGGACGCGGUGGGAAACAGCUUGAGCAGAAAGCUGUCCAACUCCUCCAUCUCUUCUACGGGCUCGUCCGCCGUGGAGUCCGAGGAUGACCUCCUGAGUGACAACGAGAGCAAAAGCAAAGGAAUAGUCACUUUAGAGCAGCUGGACGGCGGAGAGAACAAAUCAUGGUGGAAGCUGAAGGCAUUCGUCCGCUGGCCCUUCAACGCCACGCAGCGGAAAAAACUCAACUGGGUUCAGCUCGCCGGCCAUAAAGGCCACUUCAAAGCCGCAGAUGAGGGCAGUAUUCUGAAAAAGUUCUCUGAGAAUGAGAUGGAGUGUUUUGAGAAGCUGAGGGAUGACGCGCUGCUGCCGUUUGUGCCCGGCUAUCACGGCGUGGUGGAAAAGGACGGGGAGUCCUUCCUGCACAUGACCGACCUGCUGGCGACCUUCGACCUCCCAAACGUGAUGGACUGCAAGAUGGGAGUGAGGACGUACCUGGAGGAGGAGCUUGUGAGAGCCAGAGAGCGGCCCAAGCCCCGGGAGGACCUGUACAAGAAAAUGGUGGAGGUGGACCGCGACGGGCCGACCCCUCAGGAGCACUCCCAAAGGGGCGUCACCAAGCCCCGCUACAUGCAGUGGAGGGAGAGCAUGAGCUCCACCAACACGCUGGGCUUCAGGAUAGAGGGGAUCAAGAAAGAUGACGGUUCGUGUCGCACCGACUUCAAGAAAACCCGGUCGAAGCAGGACGUCAUCCAGGUCUUCAAAGACUUCGUCGGUGGAGACCUCGGCCUCAUCAAGUCCUAUUUGACCAAGCUGGAGGAGAUCCGGCAGGCCCUGAACACAUCGGAGUUCUUCAAGCGGCACGAGGUCAUCGGCAGCUCCCUCCUCUUCAUCCACAACAACACCGGUAACGCACAAAUCUGGAUUAUUGACUUUGGGAAGACCACCGCGCUCCCGGAGGGUCAGACGCUGCAGCAUGACGUCCCGUGGCAGGAGGGCAAUCGGGAGGACGGCUACCUGUGGGGGCUGGAUAACCUAAUGCACACCUUGAAGUCGGUUGUCGAGGAAACGGCUAGUGAGGACUGUUGCUAGGAAACACGACGCCUCAGACUCUGCUACUUUAAUGGACUCUACAAAAAGAGACUUGUUUUAAGAUAAAGGUGUUCAGUCAUGUAAGGAGCACCCUAAACAGCACCACCAGUGGACAGAUUUAGCACUGACAGAGGAGAUGAGCUCUGAACAGAAAGAGCUCUUCACCAAUCGAGCCAACACUAAUUUAUCUUCUUGAUUAGAAAACAAAAGUGAAAGUGCAGAAAUCCUGUCAGCUUUAGAAGCAGAGUUUUGAAAUAUGAAGAAAUUCCUCUAAAGGUUUUAAUUUUUACUGACUCAAACACCUCACUCUGUCCACCGAAGCUCUAAUUCUGGGCAGGAAAUCCCACCGACAGCCUGGUGUAACGCUGCACGCCAUCACUGCAUUAAGAGCACCACUUUUUAUUACCGCAAAGCAAAAUCUAUUUUGCUAUUUUAACGACUGUUUUUGUACUCUUUUAAUCUUUGAAUCAAACAUACUGAUUGUUGUAACACUCGAUGGUGCACUUCUUCCUUUAGAACGUGAGUUUGGGCUCAGAAUAUGAUCAGUGUUGAGCACAUUAAAUGACAGCUUGUACAAAAAAAACAAAGAAAU